CUGUUUUCAUAUUUGGAUAGAUAACAUCAAGUGAAUACUUGUCCUCGAUAUUCGAAAGGGAAAUAUGGGAAAGUGUUUCCAAUUGUCUGAAAACCGCUGUUAUUCGCCAAUUGUUAUUGAUUUGAAUAUAUUUCAUAGUCCACAUACAUGAAUACCUAAUUGUUUUUGUAGUGCUGGUAAAUAUAACUAUUUAUUUUCCUGUAUAUCUACGUUACAUUCACAUCUUUUACCUUAACUUCAAAAUUUAUAACGACUUUUUACAUGUUUAAUUAUCAUGUACUGUGUAACUCUAUAAUUCCUGUUGCUCAUGGAAUUUUAUUUUAUCCUGAUCAUGCUGUUUCAUGCAGUAAAUUCAGUCAUGGGGAAUAAACCUGGAUUUUGUCCAAGUACAUCCACUGGAAAACUGCAAUGCUGUGAAAAUUAUCGCCGAGUAGGUGAGACUUGUGAAGAAUGUUGGCCAGGAACAUAUAGUUGGAACUGUACACCAUGUCCUGCGGGCUUUUAUGGACGUCUCUGUUUAGGAUCGUGUAAUCAGUGUACGCCAUGUGACCCAGUUACAGGGUGUGCUUCACCUAAAAGUUCCUCUGGCUUUGGAGGCUCUGACUGGUGGAUUAAAGCUGCAUUCGGUGCUCUUAGCUGUGGAGCUGGUUUUACAGUUUUCAUGCUUAUUUACUGUAAACUAAGGAAAAGAAGAUCAAAAGAAAGGCAAGAUAUAUCACCGCCAGACAAUCGAACGAACAACACAACUGUUCAACUUAAACGUGAGAAUAAACAAUUGAUGAACCUACAGAACCAAAAUGGAGCGAUCGACGUUCAUUGUCAACAGAAAGAGUUAGAAUACGAACCUUACGACACAAUUAACUUGACAUAUUAAGAUGUUUUCAUGAUGAAGAAUGUUCAAUGUUCAUUUUGUGGCAAAUGAGCUUAACAAAUAU